CGUUGUUAUUGUUGCUGCUGGGGGACCGUUGUGUUGUGAAAAUGGCGACGCCUCGUCGCUGCUCCCAGCAGCAGCAGCAGCAGCCGUGCUCCCUGCUGUCCUCGCCUCCCCGCAGUGCUUCUACCCUCCUCAGCCCGCCGGGCUCUCCGUCUGCACCUGCCGAAGAUGCGGCCGGCAGGCCUCCCCUUGGAGCGGGGAACGUGGCUGACGGUGAGGUAGCUCCGACCUCUCCCAGCAUCUCCUCCCCGGCUGUGGCCCCCUCUCCCAGCAGCAGCGCUACUAGCUCCCCGACCACCACCGAGGGAGGCGACAGUAGCCCCGGCUCUACGCCGGACUCUGGCGGAAGCAGCAGCAGCGCUGUUAGCGGCGAUGCAAACGGCGCUUUUAGAGAGCUGUUUGAAGCCUGUCGGAACGGAGAUGUUUCCAGAGUAAAGAAGCUGGUGGAUGCAGUGAAUGUGAACGCUAAAGACAUGGCUGGACGCAAAUCUACACCCCUGCAUUUCGCUGCAGGUUUUGGUCGAAAAGAUGUGGUGGACCACCUUCUUCAGACUGGUGCAAGUGUGCACGCUCGAGACGACGGGGGGCUCAUCCCGCUGCACAACGCCUGCUCGUUUGGUCAUUCUGAGGUGGUGUCCUUGCUCCUGUGUCAAGGCGCUGACCCCAACGCAAGAGACAACUGGAACUACACGCCGCUACACGAAGCUGCCAUCAAGGGCAAGAUCGAUGUCUGCAUAGUGUUGCUGCAGCAUGGAGCUGACCCCAACAUCCGCAACACUGAUGGCAAGUCUGCCCUGGACCUGGCUGAACCGUCAGCGAAGGCUGUGCUCACAGGUGAAUACAAGAAGGAUGAGCUGCUGGAGGCUGCAAGGAGUGGAAACGAGGAGAAGCUAAUGGCCCUGCUUACGCCGCUCAACGUCAACUGUCACGCGAGUGAUGGGCGCAAGUCCACUCCUCUCCACCUGGCAGCAGGAUACAACAGGGUGAGGAUAGUUCAGUUGUUACUGCAGCAUGGAGCUGACGUCCACGCCAAGGACAAGGGUGGUCUUGUGCCUCUACAUAAUGCCUGCUCUUAUGGACACUAUGAAGUCACUGAACUGCUGCUAAAGCAUGGAGCUUGUGUAAACGCCAUGGAUCUGUGGCAGUUUACACCUCUACAUGAAGCGGCUUCCAAAAACCGAGUCGAGGUCUGCUCUCUUCUUCUGAGCCACGGAGCUGAUCCCACCCUGCUGAACUGCCACAGUAAAAGCUCUGUGGACAUGGCUCCAACUCCUGAGCUGAAGGAGAGACUCACAUAUGAGUUUAAGGGCCACUCGCUGCUUCAAGCGGCGCGAGAAGCAGACAUGACCAAAGCGAAGAAGACCCUCGCUUUGGAGAUCAUCAACUUCAAACACCCCCACACACAUGAAACGGCGCUGCAUUGUGCCGUCGCCUCACCUCACCCCAAACGGAAACAGGUCACAGAGCUGCUGUUGAGGAAAGGUGCCAACGUCAAUGAGAAGAACAAGGAUUUCAUGACACCUCUUCAUGUGGCAGCAGAGCGGGCGCAUAAUGACAUUAUGGAGGUGCUUCAGAAACAUGGUGCAAAGGUCAACGCCCUCGACACGCUGGGUCAGACGGCUUUGCACCGUGCAGCGCUCGCCGGCCACCUACAGACCUGCAGGCUGUUGUUAGGAUACGGGGCGGACGCCACGCUGGUGUCACUGCAGGGUUUCACCGCCGCUCAGAUGGGAAAUGAAGCUGUGCAGCAAAUCCUCAACGAGAACGUCCCAGUGAGAAACUCAGAUGUGGACUACAGACUUCUGGAAGCUGCCAAAGCAGGAGACCUGGAUACUGUCAAGUCGCUGUGUACUGCUCAGAAUGUGAAUUGCAGAGAUCUUGAAGGACGGCACUCCACUCCUCUCCACUUCGCUGCCGGCUACAACCGAGUGUCACUGGUGGAGUACCUGCUGCACCACGGGGCUGAUGUGCACGCCAAGGAUAAAGGCGGGCUGGUUCCCCUUCAUAACGCCUGCUCAUACGGUCACUAUGAGGUGGCCGAACUGCUGGUCCGACACGGCGCCUCUGUCAACGUGGCCGACUUGUGGAAGUUCACGCCGCUUCACGAAGCAGCAGCGAAGGGCAAAUAUGAGAUCUGCAAACUGCUAUUAAAGCAUGGAGCAGAUCCAACCAAAAAGAACCGAGACGGUAAUACGCCCCUGGAUCUGGUGAAAGACGGCGACACGGACAUCCAGGACCUGCUGAGAGGAGACGCUGCGCUGCUGGACGCUGCAAAGAAAGGCUGCCUCGCUCGGGUACAGAAGCUAUGCAGCCCGGACAACAUCAACUGUCGGGACACGCAGGGACGCAACUCCACGCCGCUGCACCUGGCAGCCGGUUAUAACAACUUGGAGGUUGCAGAGUAUCUGUUGGAGCAUGGAGCCGACGUGAACGCUCAGGACAAAGGAGGAUUGAUACCUUUGCACAAUGCAGCUUCAUAUGGGCAUGUGGACAUAGCCGCCCUGCUGAUUAAGUACAACACGUGCGUGAAUGCCACCGACAAAUGGGCUUUCACCCCCCUCCACGAAGCGGCGCAGAAAGGCCGCACCCAGCUCUGCGCCCUGCUGCUGGCUCACGGAGCUGAUCCCACCAUGAAGAACCAGGAGGGACAGACGGCGCUGGACCUUGCUACAGCGGAUGACAUUAGAGCGCUGCUGAUUGACGCCAUGCCACCAGAUGCCCUGCCGAGCUGUUUGAAACCGCAGGCCACCGUGGUGAGCGCAGGUGUGGUGAGUUCGGGUGCAACAGGAGGUGUGGUCAUCUCUCCGUCUCCAUCUCCUUCCUGCCUGUCGGCGGCGAGCAGCAUCGAUAACCUCACCGCACCUCUCGGGGAUAUCGCAGCGGCCGGUGCCACUGGCGUCGCAGACGGAGCGUCUGGCUCUGACAGGAAGGAGGGAGAAUCGCUCCUCGACAUGACCAUCAACCAGUUCUUGAAGAGCCUGGGCCUGGAACACCUCCGAGACAUCUUCCAGAGAGAGCAGAUUUCGUUGGAUGUUUUGGCAGACAUGGGCCACGAGGAGCUGAAGGAGAUCGGCAUAAAUGCUUACGGUCACAGACACAAGCUCAUUAAGGGCAUCGAGCGGCUCCUGGGAGGCCAGCAGGGUGGAAAUCCAUACCUGACGUUCCACUGCUCCAGUCAGGGCACAGUGCUGAUCGACCUGGCAACGGAUGACAAGGAGUUCCAGUCUGUGGAGGAGGAGCUGCAGAGCACGAUCAGAGAGCACCGCGACGGAGGCAACGCAGGCGGAGUCUUCAGCCGGUACAACAUCAUUAAGAUUCAAAAGGUUGUGAAUAAGAAGCUGCGAGAGAGAUACGCCCACAGGCAGAAGGAGAUAGCUGACGAGAAUCACAACCACCACAACGAGCGAAUGUUGUUUCAUGGUUCUCCUUUCAUCAAUGCAAUCAUCCAUAAGGGCUUUGACGAGCGACAUGCCUACAUUGGCGGCAUGUUCGGGGCAGGAAUCUAUUUCGCAGAGAACUCGUCCAAAAGCAACCAGUAUGUGUACGGGAUUGGUGGAGGGACGGGGUGUCCUACUCACAAAGACCGCUCCUGCUACGUGUGUCACAGGCAGAUGCUUUUCUGCCGUGUGACGCUGGGUAAGUCCUUUCUUCAGUUCAGCGCCAUGAAAAUGGCCCACGCCCCGCCUGGGCACCACUCGGUCAUAGGGCGACCCAGCGUCAAUGGGCUGGCAUACGCAGAAUAUGUUAUCUACAGAGGGGAGCAGGCUUAUCCAGAAUACUUGAUCACCUAUCAGAUUAUGAAACCAGAGAGUCUGGCUGUGCCUGCUGCCACUGCAGAGCAGAAAUCCUAAGAGACCACCGGAGCUGGAUGUGAUGAAGACCAGAACAACUUACUGAACAGACGAGAAGUCCAGAAGGGGAAAUCAGUUCAUCCUGUUGGAGCUGAGUCUGCGGUGGCUGUAUUGUAGUGUUCCCUGAAACAUGCUAAAAUGUGCUAGAAAAGCAGGUUGAGUCGGGCUUUGAGGCUCUGAUGUUCAGUCCAGAGUGAACAGACAGCAGAAAUCCAUCCUUAUCUACACUGAUUCUGAGAAGGAAAGCAGAUUGUUCAGCUGUUUAACAGCUCAGUCACAUCCAAACAGGCUUUACUGCAUUGGUACCUGUGUGCUGCUUAUCCUCACGUAUUAAUGGUUUGUUUUGAUAACAAAUCCUCCUUUUCCAUUUUAUAUCACUCACGAGAAAUUUAGCAAUAGUCAUGCUGAGGGAAAAGAAAUUCAGAGCACUUAAUCAUACAUUUCCACCCAGUCGGACAGAACAAGGCAGAUGAAGACAGCGUGAAAUGGAUCUAAGGAGAAAUAAGAGAGCGCCAUAAAAAUCUGAUACUCCAGAGCCGGAAACAAAACAAAGCCCAACGGGACACAGUCGGACCACAAUCAACUGCUUCAGACGUUUUGCUAUAGUCUGUUAAAGGGACCAGCUUUGUUUUGCACCACGCUGUUGGAAUAAAUCGGCUCAUUUCAGUAGCAGGCAGGAAACAUUAAAGCAGAAAUAUGGAUGCCAGAAGUAAAGAUAAUACAUUCAGUGGUUUAGAGAUGUAUCCAUAGCCACGGAGCUUUUCCCCAUUUUAUCUCAUUAAAACCACAACUUUCAAUGUGUUCAAUUAGGAUCCGACGUUAUAGACAGACACAAAGUCAUAAUAUUCAAGGGAAAGUAAAAUUUUUUCUUGGUACUUGUCCUAUUUGUUUACUUAUGUCUUGUAAUAAACGCAGAGGCCUUCAAACAGAAAUCCAAAAAUCACACCAAGGCUUUCCCCGAAUGGGCGACUCAUGAAGGUGUCUGUCUGCGCUGUUGGUUACAAAAUGAAUGGCACACUUUUACUUUUAUUUUGUCUCUAAAAAUAACUUACAGGGUUCUCAUGAAACACAUGCAGAAUUAUAGCUGUUAUGUAAAAAAAAAGCUCCUGGAAUGUUUUUUAUGGGUUUUAGUCCUGUAGAGUUAAUGCUUUUCAUUUAAAAUCCUGAAUAAUUUCAGAGAUUAGGAUGUUUUUGAGGUGAUGAGUGCUAAUCCAACCUAUAUUUAGUCGUUCCUCACUUUUCUCAUAAAAAAACAUAACAAAUUCCUCUUUAAAUCGCAAUAAAAUACUAAAAAAAUGCUUAGUGUUGUAAAACAUUAAAAUACCUAAUGGUGCCUAUCCAGGCAUUAACUCAUAUUUGCACAUAAACACAGACAGUUUGUUUGGCAUCAAUUAAAGACACUAUUGUGAGGAAUGGAAAAACAUUUCUGUUUAUUUGCUUUAACACUGGCAAUGCAUUUGAGUUGCAGCCUCCUUCACAUAUGUGCUUAUACUUUAAAGAGUAACACUACACCCAGUGUGUGAUGUCAGAUACCAAAAGUCCAGAGGGUAAAUCUUUAAUUGAAAAUAAAAAAAAAUAAAUUUGUUUUUUUGGGCUGUUUGGGACGUAUAAUGAUAAGUAAUUGAAUGUACGGGAUUUAAAAGUUGAAGACAAAAGGUGCCUCUCCUUAGUUACACAUCUACAUUCACAUGUGAAGCUAGUUUCUUUAAAAAAAUAAAUAAAUAAAUACUGUAUCAUGUAA